GAAAUACAAGAGGUAUCGAGCACACCUCGCGUACACCCGCAGUCACCUUUCUCUCCUCGUGACCGUAGCAUAUGUUUUGCGACGUCCAUGGCGCUCUCGCGGUUCUGAACGACGACGGCGCAUUGCUGCUGCGGCUUUCGUAGAUAGGCCGCGGUUGGAGACGAGAGAAAAGCGAAAGAAGAGAAAAUUAAUCGGUGACAAUUCGCUUGGAAUCAGUCCGCGUUCGCCGAACGCGGGACCGAAUUCGGAGGAUUCCGUCGAGAGAGCGAAUUCGCGCGAUUACCACGGUCGAGAAACGCGCCGGUUUCUCUUCGCGCGCGCGGUGCACAGUCGCGGUGUGAGAAGUAACAUCGACGCCCAACAUCGAUAUCCCAGUCUCGACAAAGUCGCGCUUUUCGAAAUUCUGAUUGUGAUUUCACAUUAGCCACAACCCGAGGACGACAACGAGGGAAGAUGAUAAUCGUGAGCAGCGUGGUGCUGAUACUGGCGGUGGCGUCGAGAGUGGGAUGUCAACGGAACACUCCGAGAAGCGCACGAGCCAGCAGAAAUGAGGCGGCCCUGGAAUUCGAAUGUCCCGAGGAAUUCGGAUACUACCCUCAUCCGCGCGAUUGCACGCAGUACUACGUGUGCGUUUUCGGCGGAGCCUUACUGGAGUCCUGCACAGGAGGUCUUAUGUACAGCCACGACUUGCAAACGUGCGACUGGCCGCGAAACGUAGGUUGUCCGGAAACGGGUUCGUCCAACAAGGAGGAUGAGGAAGAUCCCCUGUUGGAAAGAUCCGCAAAACUUGACACGUUGCAAGAACAGCAACAGCAACGACAACAGCAACAGCAGCUACGAGACCAGCAGCAGCAGCAGCAACAGCAACGACCGAUCCAGAGACAGCCGAUUACGAGCACGUUGCCACCAGUUUCGCAGAUUACCGAGAGGCAGCUACGACGACAACACGCCAAAACGAAUUAUCACGACGACGAAUACGGCCCUGCCUCGGAGGUCGAGAGCGAUCGGCAGCAACGGGUGUAUCGAGGACAGCCCUCGACGAUCGGACAGGUGCAGCGCGAUCGUGACGGUCUGCGACGAAACAUAAUAUCGGAGAGAGAGAAGGAAAGCCUGGUAAACGCGCGCACCCAAGCCGAGUCUCAUUACAGAACGCCCGUUCCAACAUCCGAAUCGCCAAGGCUGGCUAAAACUCUAGCCUCGACCGUGGCACCAGUUUUGUCCAAGGCUUAUUACAGCGAUCCCGAUCAAAGUUAUCCGUAUUACACGAUUUACGACGACGAUGUCUCAAUUUACAAAGACGACGAUUACAAUCAAUAUACCAUCAAUCAUACAGCACCGGUGCAACAACCGAAUGUAAAAAUUAGCGAGGUAAACACAAAACAGUACCAGAAGCCAAAGAAAGUUGCCGCGAACGAAGCAGACAAAUACAAUCUCAAUCACGAUGUGCAGGAUUACGAUAUCUACGAAAAUCAGGCUCAGCUCAACAAAAACAAAUUCCGCAUAUCCGACAAUCAACAGUUCAGAACAAAUGUGCUCAGCCAUCCUGUUGUUCACGUGACAACGCCAAACGUCAUCGUGGACACCUUCAUACCUCUGACCACGAGCACGCAAACUCCUAGCACGACCAGCAGACCUUACACCGUCAACGCACCGAGUCGAGGUCGACCGCAGCAGAUCAAUCGAGGCACAGCACCGCCACGAUUGCGACCUACCUUAAAACCGUCAACCGAGAUAGUUUCAAAAGCGCAGGAGUUCGUCGACAUCUACAGAUAUCCUCCGGCGAGGCCGGCGCCGAUUUAUCCGACUCCUCAAGUGGAUAAACCGGCGGCUAAGUGUCGUAAGGAUGUUUGUUUGCUUCCGGAUUGCAGUUGCGGCGGGUCCGACAUCCCAGGUGGUAUUCCGAUUGAUCAGACGCCGCAGAUUGUCCUGCUCACUUUUGACGAUGCCGUAAACGACCUUAACAAACCCCUGUACAGCGAUCUGUUUGAAAACAAUCGUAAGAAUCCGAACGGCUGUCCGAUCUCGGCGACUUUUUACGUCUCACACGAGUGGACGGACUAUAGCCAGGUGCAAAAUCUUUACGCGGACGGUCACGAAAUGGCGUCUCACACAGUUUCGCACAGUUUCGGUGAGCAAUUUUCGGCGCGAAAAUGGGCGCGAGAAGUGGCUGGGCAGCGUGAAAUUCUGGCGGCCUACGGGGGCGUCAAACUGGAGGACGUCAGAGGAAUGAGGGCUCCCUUCUUGUCGGUCGGAGGAAAUAAUAUGUUCAAAAUGCUUUGGGACACGAACUUCACGUACGAUUCUUCAAUGCCCAUCUAUGAGAACCGACCGCCCAGCUGGCCGUACACGUUGGAUUACAAACUCUUUCACGACUGCAUGAUACCACCCUGUCCCACGAGAUCCUAUCCAGGAUUGUGGGAAGUUCCUAUGGUAAUGUGGCAAGAUCUCAAUGGAGGUAGGUGCUCCAUGGGAGAUGCCUGUAGUAACCCACCGACUCCGGACGGCGUAUACAAGAUGCUCAUUAAGAACUUCGAGAGGCAUUAUACGACCAACAGAGCACCUUUCGGCUUGUUCUAUCAUGCCGCGUGGUUCACUCAGCCGCAUCAUAAGGAAGGCUUUAUUUCGUUCCUCGACACCAUCGUCGCGAUGGACGACGUAUGGAUAAUCACCAAUUGGCAAGCCAUAGAGUGGAUCAGGAAUCCAACGCCUCUGUCACUUCUGCACACGUUUGAACCUUUUGGAUGCCAUUAUCCGGAUCGACCUAAAAAGUGCAACAACCCGAAGGUCUGCAAUCUCUGGCACAAGAGUGGCGUAAGGUACAUGAAGACCUGCCAAGCAUGCCCGGACAUUUAUCCCUGGACAGGCAAGACCGGUAUUCGCAGUAGUCGCAUUGACAACGAGAUCGACGCCCACGAAUGAGCUACGGCAGUAAAAAAAAAAAAA